UAAAUGUCUGUGAUUAUUUGUCGUCGUCCUCAGAUGUAAGUGCUGACCGGUUUGUGAUUUGGAAAGAAAGCAGCGGUGUAGGAUGAUUGAAUGAGCGGUUAAUUAUGAUCUUUCCUUUUUCAAAGUAAAAUGCAACUUAAAUAUGCACCAGUUGUGGAUGCAAGCAAAAUCUUAGUUAUAUUUUGCUACAGAACUCCAAAUUCACAUAUAUUUUAGUCUACACUAUGCAGUUCAAGUGGCUUAGACGUUUUGUGCGUAGACGGACCCGUCCAAUUCCUGCGCAAACAGCUACAGAUUGGAAGAAGAGAUUAUCCAUUGCGUACAUGUUAAUAGCUUGGAAUGCCUUCGGAUUUGUUUGUUAUAUGAUGUACACUGGUCGCACGGACUGGGCAAAGUAUUAUGGUUACAAAACAUCGGAUGAUCCUACGCCAGGUGUAUACUGGGCCCGAUCAUUAAGCAAAGGAGAAACAAAGAUCGUCAGGCUCUCUGGCUUUCAUAAAACAGGUGAAGAAACAUUCAAAAGGGAGGCAGAAACCACCGAAGAUGUCCCAUCACCUUGAUUACUGUUGACUAUGUGCAUCAGCCUUCAGCGAGUUAAAAUAUUAGUUUUGUAUAGGUAUCAUUGCGCAGGGAAAGUUGAUUGAAAUAAAGUUUGUAGUUACCGGCAGUCGCAUAUGUUUGUCAUAUAGGUCAUUCAGUACUGUUGUCAUUAGGAGCACCAAUUCGCCGUUCCUGCCGUGAGAGAGAGGUGAUUUUAACCCAUAGUUGCCCAGUUUAUUACCGUGGUUUCAGUUCUAUAUUUUGGCGAGCUCCGCAAAUCAAACAUGUAACGUGUGUUGCAUUCAGAAGUUACUAGAUAACAUGUACAGCAUAUUUUUGUAAUUGGUAAUAAAAUAUAGCUAUCUUGUAA